AUGCCAUCUCCACUGCUUCUCGGGGGCGGAAGUUCUCACCGACCGACUGUUUUUUUUGCUAUAAAGAGGAGUUGGACGUCAGGGAUCGGGGUGUGCUCGGUCUUGGGUUUUGAACGUAAGGAAGAAAAGGAAGAAAGGAAGAAAAGUGAGAGGGAGCGUUUGGAGGAGAUCAGCGUGGGAAAAGAAGAAAAAAAAAAGGAGAAGAAAGGAAGAAACGGGAAGCACGGGAGCAGACUUCGGAAAAAGCUGAGGCAGGGAACGUGGCUUGGAUGCUGCUGCACGUCAGGGAGAGAAAAAGAGAAGACUUGGAGGCUGGAACGGGAACGUGAGGAGCAGGGCUUGGACGAUUGCAAGGGGUGCUCGGUUCUGAAGAUGCCAUCUCCACUGCUUCUCGGGGGCGGAAGUUCUCACCGACCGACUGUUUUUUUUGCUAUAAAGAGGAGUUGGACGUCAGGGAUCGGGGUGUGCUCGGUCUUGGGUUUUGAACGUAAGGAAGAAAAGGAAGAAAGGAAGAAAAGUGAGAGGGAGCGUUUGGAGGAGAUCAGCGUGGGAAAAGAAGAAAAAAAAAAAGGAGAAGAAAGGAAGAAACGGGAAGCACGGGAGCAGACUUCGGAAAAAGCUGAGGCAGGGAACGUGGCUUGGAUGCUGCUGCACGUCAGGGAGAGAAAAAGAGAAGACUUGGAGGCUGGAACGGGAACGUGA